AUACAUAUUUAUUUCUGAGACAAAAAUCUUGUGGUCCACAUGGGGUCACUUGCGGGGGUGCGGUAUUGUUCUGCCAGCUCCGAUCCUUUACAGGCAUGAAGUGGGGUCUAUAAUUCAUAUAAUGAUGCCCUGAAAGCCAAAGGGGGCUCCUCUCCUUCUUGGUCCCACCAGGCAGUCAGGCAACCAGAUAUGGCCUAAGUGGGGAUACUGCCCAACCCGGCACGAACAGCGUGAUAAAAUAUGGGCACAUUUCCUCCAUUUCAAAAGUGACUGACCAAAAUGAUGUCCCACAAAUAGAGAAUUUGUGAGAUCUGUAAUGUUUGGUGACAGAAUCGGCAUCGGGAGGACCCUUAGGACCCGCUCUAUCGGGGGUAGUUAUUAACGCUGCAAAAGACACACACAAGGCGCUCAUCUAAUUAACCAUGUAAUUACUGAUCUGUCAUCCACAAUUACACACACCUCACCAGGAAACUGCCCCCACGCUCCAUGUGCCCCCGGAGGCUCUGACUGGGAUAACAUAUAUAUAUAUAUAUAUAUAUACAUAUCAGUGUCAUUUCCGAGAGGGUGCAAUUAUUUAUACAAGUAGCUGCCAGGUCCACUGGUAAUAAUGGAGCACAGGGGCCCACCAGGAGAAGAGACGGUAUAUCCUAGAAGACAAUAGCUGCAAGAACUGAUCCCUUCUUCUUAGGACCGGACCCCCAGCAGCUGCUUAGAAACCAUUAGAUUGUCUACAUUGGAUGCAACUGUAACAAACCCUCAGCUGUAACUAUAAAGUUGUGCGCCCUCAUUGAAACACUGCUAUAAUCUUGCUGCUGCCCUCAUAGAGAGAUCUGUUCCUGUAACCAAGCUUUCUACCCACUUGACUCUCCAAGAAUCUUCUGCCAUGGAGGUGAACUUGACAUUACUGUAUAAAAACGUGACUCAGGUGUCCAUCAUCUCAGCCAAAAUUAAUGAAAUCGCUAAAAUUAUCUUCCUGGCCUUCACCAUUUUCAGUUUUUGCCUGUUCUUGUACUUUAUGACAGUUUUGCUGAUGGUCUACUUCACCACUCCUCACGUACGUGACAAUUCCCGCUACAUAUUCUUCGCUCAUAUGCUCAUCAAUGACACAAUGUACCUAAUCUUAGGACUCUUCCUUUUAUUGGCUCAUAGGUAUCGGUUGUAUUUUCCAGUGCCAAUGUGUCAUUUCAUUCUCACCCUAAUAGUCACCAGUUUUUUGGUCACUCCGUACAACUUGGCGGCCAUGGCUCUGGAACGAUACAUAGCAAUCUGUUUUCCUCUUAGACAUGCACUUUUAUGUACUGCCCAAAGGACAUAUCUGAUCAUUGUGAUGAUAUGGUUUGUUGGUCUACUCCCAAGUUUCGUGGACUUUAUUAUCCUCAUCCUUUCUGUUGAGAAGAAUUUUAUCUCCUGGCGUACCUUAUGCAGACAGGAUCGGCUCAUAGUCCGUCAGGUGCAGUACACCUUAAGAUCCAUCUCCUACAUUGGUAGUUUAUUUCUGGUGGCUCUUAUCAUUCUAGUCACCUACAUGAAGGUUAUGUUGGUUGCUUGGAAAAGUGGUUCUGGUAAAUCCGCUGCCUCCAGGGCUGGUAAAACCCUUCUACUUCACACGGUUCAACUUUUUUUGAGCAUGGUUUCACUCAUCUCUAUAGUUACUGAGUCGUCUUCUGGAGAGUACAUUGAAAUCUUGGUCAGUGCCAACUUUUUGAUGUUCAUGUGUUUUCCAAGGACCCUCAGCCCUCUCAUCUAUGGUGUAAGGGAUGAAGUGUUCAGUAAAUGCAUCAAAAACAUGUAUUCUGGUUGGCAUCAGAAUCGGGUUAUGGUGCGCCGAUAACUCAUGAUUAGAGAUGAGUCAGCUCUUC